AUGGAAGCAUCAAAUGUCUCAGACCUAAUGUUUCUUAAAGAUCAUUUUGUUCGUUCGGAAGUCUUCUGCGAUAAAUUUAUACUUCAAUGCUAUUUUAAUGUAGAUGAUGUCAUCGGAGUGUUUGGAACUCCCGGUAAUUCUGAAUACAAAACUGAAAAAUGGUACUUCACAAGUCAAUCGGGAGAUAAUGAUAUUUGCAUGCAGCAUGGCUAUUUUGGCUCGGAGAGCUUCUCGUCAUUCACUUUUACGAAAGUCUCACUGGAUGUAAAACUAAAUGAAAAAUUGAAGUUGCCAUCUGAGAACAUAAAACUGAACCUGAUGAAACUUGCUAACCAGGUUCAACUUGUCAUGACGCUUAUUAUCGAGAAAUCAACUUUUCCAACAUUACUAGCUCUACGUGACACCUCCAAAGAUCUAAGAUAUUUCGUGGUCAAAAACGGAUUAUACUGCUCUCCAAUUGAAAUUAAAGUUCACGCAAACACUAUUCAAUGCACAUACAACAUUGAUGACCAAAUAACUUUCCCGUGUUCUGAGACCCAGUCACUGAAGAAAUGGCUAAAAAAGUAUUGCCCAAAACAUGUCACAAUUGAGAAAUUUUCCUGUGAUUCCGAUAAUUUCGCAAAAAUGGAAGAUCUGAAGGCGUUUCUACUCUCCUUUAAAACAAAGAUGGCAAUUGAAAAUUUGGAUCUGGAAGGGAAAAGUGAACUGGAGUUCAUUGAGCUUAUGCGCUACCUAGACGAGAAAAACUUAAAAAGACUAAAAAUCAGUUUUUCUGGAGAUCACGAUAACAAUACUAAUCAUUGUCUCAUGCUCGACCAAAUAACCGAGACAGCUCAUUGGAAACAUGCCGUUGAGUUGAUCUUAGAAGGAUCGAAAAUUGCCGUAUCAAUUCGAAAACUAAACCAUUUUUUGAAAGUGACAGCUUUCUUGGAUGUAAUUACAGUCGAAAACGUGGUAUUUUUGAAGCAUACUCUCCUGCCUUCCUUGCUUCCUAGAAACUUUAAUCUCAUCACUCCUACCCACUCGGACCUGCAAAGCCUCGCUCAUCACAUUGGUUGUCCAGUUGUAAAAAAAACGAACGGAAUUGAAUAUAACCAAUGGUUAUUCCCAGCCACGAAGUUUUUUGAAAUUUUGAUUCAUAAAACGAUAAAUGGGUGCACCUGUAUCGAAAUGCGACAUAGGAAUGAUAAAUCACAAUUUCUUUAA